AUGACGGAUAUUGAAUUUGGCCAACCCCUUCCUAGUAAUUUGGAUUAUGCGGUAUCAUUUGGUAUCCCUACAUGGGAUUCAGCAAUAGGUUAUGCAGAAAAGAAGCCGGAAGUAAUAAGUAAAAUGUCUACGGGAUAUCCCAGGUACUUCCCUCAACCUUCUAUACAGACACUUUGUGCUUAUUUCGUUAACAAAUUUGGACGAGAUUCAGAGCUCUGCCGCCCUUUUCCCUCCAUCAAAUUGGCUUCAAAGUGUUUGGAGUAUGUGAAAUCUGUUGCCGGUCCCGAAAGCGAAGCUCACCUAGAAGUGGAAACAGUUGAAAUCAGAAAUGAUACGGGAAAACCUGCUGGAUUGGUUGUAACAAUCGCUGCUGUCUUCGCAUCGGAUGACGAAUUCGAAAUUGUAAGAGAGUAUUGGAAAUUAAGAGGUGAAUGUGUAUCCAGCAGAUUAGCAUCGACUAUCAACCAGUUGCUUGAUGUCACCAGUCUCAAAUCAGGCCAGGCGCAGCAUGAGGUCGAGAGUAAGCUUUUGGCAGCCAAGAAGGAGGGAGAAGAAGCUAAAAACACGAUAAAAAGAAGAAUAGUUGAAAAUCGUUCCAACCCUUUUGGCUUAAAGAAAAGGGAUUCGAACUGGGAAGGAUUAAACCUCAACCCAGAAAAUGAUGUUUAUCUUGUCUCAAGCGGUAUGUCUGCGAUCUCUACAGCUCGCAAUUUGCUUACAUUUUGGGAGGAAAAGAGAUCUUCUGAAUGCGUUUUAAGCAGCCAGAAUGCUAAUGAAAAGGAAAAAUCAUUAGUAUGUGAUACAGUUGGUAUCUUUGGCUUUCCUUUCAAAGAUACUCAAGUCAUCAUGACAAAAUUUGGAAAAUGUAAAUUUUUUGGAUUUGGAGAUUCCAGAGAUAUUACUGAAUUACAAAAGUUUUUAGACGCAAGCAAUCAACGUCUUCUUGCUGUUUUCGUUGAAACACCUUCGAACCCUUUACUGAAUAUGCCUAAUUUGAAGGAGUUGAGAAGACUGGCGGACGCAUAUGGAUUUUUUAUUGUAAUUGAUGAUACUAUUGGAGGCCUAAACGUUGACAUUUUGCCCUAUGCUGACAUAGUCUGUACUUCCCUUACCAAGCUUUUCAAUGGGGCUAGUAAUGUUAUGGGUGGUUCGGUUGUUCUAAACCCCAAAUCAGCUUUGUACCAACGUGCCCGGGAGUACUUCAAAAGUGGUGAAUUUGAAGAUCUGCUAUGGGGUGAAGAUGCAGUGGUUCUUGAACGCAAUUCGAGAGAUUUCGAAGAUAGAACAUUGCGCGCUAAUACGAAUACAGAAAAAUUGUUGAAGGAAUUACUCUUACCAGAACAGGGAAAAACAUGCAAGAAGAUUUAUUACCCAACCGUUAACUCUAAGGAGACCAUUAACAAUUAUGAAUCUGUCCGGAAUGAACGCGGUGGAUACGGAUGUUUGUUUUCUGUGGCUUUUCAUAGCGAAGGCGAUGCCGAAGCCUUUUAUGAUUCUUUGAAAGUAUUUAAGGGACCUUCCAACGGAACCAACUUUACGUUAGCAUGCCCGUAUGUCCAUUUGGCGCACCAUUCAGAGUUAGAGGAAGUCUCUAAGUUUGGAGCUGACUCUAGCAUUAUUAGAGUAAGCGUUGGUCUAGAGGAAACGCAAUUGUUACUGGAUGUGUUUUCAAGCGCUUUAGAUGUUGUGAAAAGCAGACGCUCCCAGCAAACAUAA